AGAAGCUGACCUCAUUCAGCUUGACCUAAGGCUUAUAAGGAUACUGAAGUCUGGAGAAAUUUCAUGACUGAGCUAAGAUCAUACAGAUUCUCUGAUGAUCGCUUCAUUCCCUGCACCUUUCCUAGCUCCAACCUACUGAGAUCAAGAAAUGUUUAUAGAGCAAAACAAAAGCAUACUGAGUUCAGAUAAACCUUAUCAAAAUCCUUCUUUAUAUGAUCAUGUUCCCCAGUAUGGACUCUUGGGAUGGUGAAAUUUUACAAGAUGCCUCAAAGGAUUCAGUUGGAAGUAUCUCUUCAAUUCAAAGCUUGAAAAGGAAAAAAUUAUUUUCACAGUUUAGAAAGAUACCUUUUGCAACAAUCCCAGAUAUAUCUUCAUCAGAAGAGAGUGACAUACCCAAGACUUUUUACAGAAGCACCAUUAAUGAGACCAGUUCAGAAACUGAUUAUUUUUCAUGUCUAAAGUUUCCAAAUGUAAAAGGCAGCUUUGCUAAGAAAACUGUUAACCAAGUCAAUCUUGGUGAAAUCCUGUCCAUAAUUGAACCUGUUAGUAAACAAAUGGAAAAAGAUAAAAAGAUCAAGGUGGAACCAUACAGAUUUUUUGAUUCAAACAUUUCACCAAGUCCACAGAAUUUGCUCUCAAGCCCUAAUAUCUGUGACAUGCCUUUUGUCAAGGAUGAUAUAAAAGGAAGACCAUACACUGAAUGGAGAGGAAUUGUAUCAGAAAAGUAUGAUACACGGUUUCUUUAUAAAGCGGGUUGGCUUAAUUUAAGUCGGCAUUCACUGUACCGAGAAUAUUUGCAUAAUUUCCCAAAGAAGCAAGAAAAGAAGCUGGAAACUGUGAAAGAAGUCAGCAGGCCCAAAAUAUCUACUUAUGAUGCUGAUGUUGACAGAGUUGGACCACACGUUGAUAUUUAUAUUGCCUUCCAACCUCAACUCCGAAAGCGUAAAGGCAAAAUAAGCAAAAAGGUCCUGAAAGCAAUCAUCUUGAUUCAGGCUGCUGCUAGGGGGUGGCUUGUACGGAGAAGACUGGCGAGAGUAAUCAUCAAGGCUAAAGACCACGGACCAUCAUUUAGAGCUGUUGUAAAUGCAUACCGCAGAAUGGUUGACCGUAUUCAGCGCCGAGCUGGUCUUCGGUAUACAAGAGUAAUUUUAAAUUUUUCAGAGCUAGAAGAAUGGCUAGACAGAAAAAAAUUUUAUGAAGUCAUGUUUGCCAAGAGGGAAUAUUAUCAAGGAAUUCCAUUAGAGGAUCUCCCUAAAUAUUUCAGGGACUGUGGUCAUUUUCCAUCCCAAUCACAUAUUGAAAGCACAUAUCAGCUGGUUCAAAAAUUCAAUGAAAUGCCCUCUGAAGAAGUUAAAAAAUCAAAAGCCAUUGAAAUGAUAUUCACUCUGUAUCCUCCGGAAGGUGCCCACGUGAGUCAUUUUUGGGGCCUAAAAUCAACUUGGACAAGACCCAUAGUAAAUGGAGAAGAAGCAUAUAAGUAUAUAGUUUCUGGACACCCAAUAAUCAAGAAAGCUGACAUUCGGAUUGUUGGAAAGUUAGUAGCCAGGUCCAUGAGAGAGAGGAGAAUGAAAAUACGUUUCAAAUCAUCAAAUGAAUAAUCAGGUGAAAGAGUACCUUUUUUCUUUGAAUUCAUUGAGAUGGAUCGACUUUUUGUGGAGAAAACAACAAUCCUGAUCAUGCCAUGGACAAAUCUGGUGACUACAAGAGGAAAAGAACAAGGAAAUCUAAGCAUAGAUCUAGUAGUUUCCCAUAAAAUGUAUGCUUUAUCAUACCAAUAAACCUGAAUGCAAGUAACAAUUUUAAAAACAUAAAAAGUCUCUUGUUGGACAGCU